AUGGAAACCCUGAUUUCAUUUUCAAUUCUAGUCCAGGAUAAUAAUAAUAGCAGUAACAGUAACUCUAAUUCGGUUACUUCUACACCUUCUUCAUCACCACUUAUUACGAAAUCCGCUAGUGCUGGUGGUGGUGGUAGUAAUCGUUCUGAAGCUGAAGCUUCUUCUGAUGAUGUUGAUAUUCUGUUUCCACCUUCUUCUCCAGGGUAUUUGAAGAGUGAAGAGUAUAGACUAUUGUUUCGAUUACCUUCUGAUGAAGUUCUUGUACAGGAUUUCAACUGUGCAUUCCAAGAGAAUAUUCUUCUUCAGGGUCAUAUGUAUCUGUUUGUUCGCCAUAUUUGCUUUUACUCGAACAUAUUUGGAUACGAGACUAAGAAAGCAAUCCCCUUCAAUGAAGUAACAUGUAUUCGGAAAGCAAAGACAGCAGGGAUAUUUCCUAAUGCCAUUGAUAUAAUUGCCGGGGGAAAAAGGUAUUUUUUUGCAUCCUUUUUGUCGUGCGAUGAAGCAUAUCGGGCCAUUGUUGAUGGAUGGGCACAAUAUUGUGAUGGUAUUGAGGACCGCAUAGAUCGACAGUCAAUAGUUGAAAUGAAGCUGAGUCGAUAUCAAACUUCUCCUGGACAGUCUUCCUGCUACCCCAGACCGAACCCCAGACAACAACGGACUUCUACUCCAGACAGGAACACUGAUGUUCUUCUUCAAGGAGGACAUGAACUCUCGUUUGGUGGUAGUUACGGAAUAGUUGACGUGAAUGUAGCAGCAGAAAGACCUUCAGAAGUAGAAGAAAUUGUUGAACAUACAGAACCAGUUGUAGCUGCUGAGACUUCAUCUUCAUUACAGUCUUUGAGGUGGACGCCUGAGGAUGCUGAUGCUCCUCAAGUACCGGAAUUCUUUACUAAGGUUGCUGAGUCAAAGUUUGAGAUUCAAGUAGAAGAGUUUUUUAAUCACUUCUUCUCGGAUGUCGCUGUUGACUUUGUUGAGUCCUUCCAUAAAAGAUGCGGCGACAAAGAUUUUAGGUGCUCCUCUUGGUAUGAGCAUGAACCAAUUGGGCAUGCACGUGAUGUGUCGUUUUUGCAUCCUAUCAAGUUAUAUUUAGGUGCAAAAUUUGGGCAGUGUCAAGAAGUCCAGAAGUUCCGAGUUUACCGAAACAGUCAUUUGGUGAUAGAGACAUCACAAGAAGUUGGUGACGCAGAUUAUUUCCGUGUCCAGGGCCUUUGGGAUGUGAAAAGGGUUGGCAGUGAGACAAAUUUGUGCCUUGUGCGAGUUUAUGUUAAUGUGGCAUUUUCAAAGAAAACCAUGUGGAAAGGGAAAAUAGAGUCUAACACCAUUGACGAGUGCCGGGAUGCCUAUGCUAUAUGGAUGGAAAAUCAAAAGGCCCUUUCUAAACUAGAAAGUGGGGUUUCCAGUGCAAGUGUUAAUCCUAGUUUGAAUGCAAUUCCAAAUGAUGAGGUUCAGUUAGAAACUGUGGGACCUUCAGAGUUAAAUGACAACAGUCUUGAAAUUACCACACAUGCGGCAACUAACACCAAGCACUCGAGGAAUCGCAGUCGUAGACGAGAGAGUCCUGUGGGUAGAGCUGCAAGUGAUGCGUCAUCUACUACAUCUCUACUUAGAGAGAUAGUGGAGACGUUUUGUGUGUAUAUGAAAAAUCAAAACCGCCUUCCACUGAUUUUGGUUAUAGCUUCUAUCUCAAUACUUAUUCUGAUGCAGCUGAGCAUAAUCGUCCUUUUAGCAAGACCUCCCCAAGUCCAUGUGAUAUCUCAAAUAGAUUAUAUGAACAGUUUUGGAAACAACGGUGGAGACAAAGCAGAAGCUGUAACUUGGUUAGAGAAGCGAAUUCACCACCUCAAAGAUGAAAUGCUUAUGGUUGAGACUCGUUUGGAGAAGAUGCGGCACCAACAUUUACUCUUGGAAACUUACCUAACAGGUCUUGAUUUUGAUAUUGCUUCAUGAAUCGUGGGCUUCUAUAACGCCUCAAAUUACUCUAGUAUUGCAUAGCUGUAGGCACGUGCAUGC